AUGGCCGGCCGAGGAGGUGUGGUGCUUCAUUGGGAUCAUUAUAUCCCUCUUGAAUGCCGUUCAAAGCCAACGAUCCUUCGGCUUACCGCAGGGCUAACCUGGGAGGAGGCACAUGAACCUCUACAUAAGGACAUAGAUUCAAAUAAAACUUGUGGGGUGGGACCUGGAUUAGCGUUUGCCAAUUCACUGCUCGGACGAAAUCCUAGCCUAGGGUUAAUUGGCUUAGUCCCUUGUGCCGUCGGUGCAACAAGCAUAGAUGAGUGGAAACGAGGCUCGUUUCUAUAUAAUCAACUCCUAAAGAGGGCUGAGGCAGCGCUACAAGAUGGAGGUCAGAUUCGUGCACUUCUAUGGUAUCAAGGCGAGAAUGAUACUGUAAAUAAAUUGGAUGCCGAACUGUAUAAGAUGCGAUUGAAAGAAUUUUUCAUCGAUAUCCGCGCCGAUCUAGCUUCCCCAACCCUCCCAAUUGUUCAGGUGGCGUUGGCAUCAGCAUUAGGACCAUAUCUCGACACCGUAAGGAAGGCCCAGCUCGGAAUCAACCUUCCAAAUGUCACAUGUGUAGAUGCCAAAGGACUGCAGGUGAAGGAAAACGAUCGAGUGCACCUUACCACUUCGGCCCAAGUCCGUCUCGGGAAGAUGUUGGCUGAUGGCUUCCUCCGUAUUGCACCUACUUUAGAUUAG